UCGGCCGCGAGCUGCACGCGCGCAGCCCGGGGAUGCUGGAGCGGGCGCGAUGGCUCCCGCCAUGCAGUCGGCCGAGCUCCAGUUCGCCCAGCGGCUGGCCUCCAGCGAGAAGGGUGUCCGCGACCGCGCAGUGAGGAAGCUGCGGCAGUAUCUCAGCGCAAGGACGCAGAGCGACACAGGAAGUUUCAGUCAGGAAGAACUCCUAAAAAUAUGGAAAGGACUCUUCUACUGCAUGUGGGUACAGGACGAGCCCCUUCUGCAGGAGGAGCUAGCGAACAUUAUUUCCCAACUCAUCCAUGUUGUUAACAGCUCAGAGGCUCAACACCUCUUCAUUCAGACCUUCUGGCAAACCAUGAAUCGAGAGUGGCAAGGGAUAGACAAGCUGCGGCUGGACAAGUACUACAUGCUGAUCCGCCUGGUCCUGAGGCAGUGCUUUGAAGUUCUCAAGCGGAAUGCCUGGGAAGAAAGCCAAAUCAAACUUUUUUUGGACAUCUUGAUGAAGGAGAUCCUGAAUCCCGAGAGUCAGUCUCCCGAUGGAGUGAGAGCCCACUUGAUUGACGUUUAUUUGGAUGAGCUCUCCACUGUGGGAGGGAGAGAGCUUUUAGCGGAUCAGAACCUCAAGUUAAUUGAUCCAUUCUGCAGAAUUGCUGCCAAGACUAAGGACCACACACUGGUACAGACUAUAGCUAGGGGUGUUUUUGAAGUCAUUGUAGAUCAGUCUGCUUUUGUACCUGAAGAGACUGUGGAAGAGCAGAAAACCAGAGUGGGAGAUGGUGGCCUCUCUGCCGAAGGGAUCCCUGCAAACAAGCUGGCCUGUAGGAAAGCAGGCAGUGGGAAGAAGGCCGCGCUGGGCGAUUGCCUCAGAGAUGGAGUCGUUGGCAGCAGAGAAAGAGACGGCUGUGCGGCCUUCAGAGACUCAGGGUCACCUCUCCAGUUCGACUAUAAGGCAGUUGCUGAUCGACUCUCAGAAAUAGCCAACUCAAAGAGCACCCCUCCCUUCAACCGGAAGCGGCUCUGCAGACUGAUCCGAAAAGUCACCAGCAGGGCCAGUCACUCAUUGGUCUGCAUCUUUGUAGGAAGCACAGACUCUCUUGAUGGUGGAGAGGACAGUGGAGGCAACAUUCACAAAAGGAAAAGGAAAAAGAAGAAGAGAAGCCACCUCCAGGCUGAGACUGAGGACCUGGAUGCUGUUGCCAUGCCCCCAGCACAGAGUACCAACAGUGAGCCUGACACUGCCCGGAGGCAGACCCCACAGGCCUGUGUGACUGGACCUGCAGCAGACGCCGCGUCUAUCAUCAGAGAGAACAGCUCCGAGCCAACACCCAUCGUACCCAUACACAAUAAAAGGAAGCGGCCAAGAAAGAAGAGCCUAAGGGCCCACAGAGAGAUCUGGACACCCACCGCGUUACCUCAGGAGGAUGUGUCAGAGAACGACCCUAUCGGUGGCCAACCUCAGAGCUCUGCCACCCAAGUUUCCUCCUCAGGUGUCCAAGCCCAGAAGAGGAAACGGAAACUCGGAGCUCUCCCUAUCAGCAGCGGCAGCUUGACAGUGCAGAAGGCAGGCACCCCCAUAAGUCCCGGGGAAGAGAGAGAUGGCCAGACCACCCUGCCCCAGUGCAAAAGGCCACAGAAGAAGGCAGUGUCCAGCAGGCUUGACCUCUAUGAUCUGUCCAGUCAGAAAACAGCAAUCUUAAAGAAGAGGAAAAAAAUGAGGCAGACGUCAGACUUCAUGGAGCACAACGGAGUGCUGGAGUCCAGCGCCGGGCGGAUCCAAGCUCCGGGAAGCAACAGGACUCUGAAGAAGCCACUGAAAACGGAGGAUGACUUUGUGAAGUUUGACACCCGCUUCUUACCAAAGCCCCUGUUCUUCAAGAAAGCAAAGAGCAAAUCUGCCGUCCUUCCCCAAGGUCCUGCUGUCCAGCUGAAUAAAACACCCUCCAGCUCCAAGAAAGUCACCUUUGGAUUGAACAGGAACAUGACUGCAGAAUUUAAGAAGACAGACAAGAGUAUCCUGGUCAGCCCCACAGGCUUCUCCAGAGUGGCCUUUAACCCUGAGCAGAGGCCACUCCAUGGAGUGCUGAAGUCCCCAACCAGCUCCCUGGCCAACACGCCUCUAUCAACCAUGAAGCUGCCAGCCACCACUCCAAAGAGAAGGCCAAGGGCUGCGGACUUCUUCUGAGAGCCAGAGUCCCUUUUUAGAGACUGCUUUUAUACUGGAUAUUCUAUAAAUUAUAACUUUUAAA